AAUCAUCUUCUUUCACAUGAAUCUGAAUAGGAACAAAUAAUUACAAAUCUCAAUAAACCAAACUAAAGUCUAGUAUUCUUAAACAACAUCACCAUCAUCUAGACAAUUUCGUCACACAUUUAUGGCUUUCACAAGUCAUAACAUAAAUCACCUGUUCAUUAAUUUCCUCAUAUUCUGCACCUUUUGUUCAUGUUGUAGUUCAGUCAACGACACAAUUACAUCAUCCAAGUCACUCAAAGACCAAGAGACAAUAACCUCAAACAACAAAGACUUCAAGCUAGGAUUUUUCAGUCCAAUAAAUUCAACCAACCGUUACUUAGGAAUUUGGUACAUCAAUGAAACCAACAACAUAUGGAUUGCAAACAGAGAUCAACCUCUUAAAGAUUCAUCUGGAAUAGUCACAAUUGACACAAAUGGAAAUCUUGUAAUACUGAACAAUCAAAAUGGUACCAUCAUUUGGACAACAAAUAUUUCAAAUACUUCAACAAAUUCAACAGCUCAACUUGAUGAUUUAGGAAACUUGAUUCUAAGAGACAUCAAUUCUGGAAGAACAAUAUGGGAUAGUUUCUCACACCCUGCAGAUGCAGGUGUUCCAACAAUGAAAAUUUCUACUAACAAAGUAACAGGUAAGCAAAUAGUUUUUGUAUCAAGAAAAAGUGACAAUGAUCCUUCUUCGGGACAUUUUUCGAUUAGUCUUGAAAGAUUGGAUGCCCCAGAAGUUUUUAUUUGGCAUGAUAAAAAGAUUCAUUGGAGAAGUGGUCCAUGGAACGGAACAGGUUUUAUCGGAUCGCCAAUAACGUUAACCAAGUAUUUAUCAGGAUGGCAUUUAUCUGCCAUCAAUGAUGAAACUAAUUUAAUUUACACUUUCGAAGACAAAACUAUAUUUGCAAUUCUCUCAUUGACACCACAAGGAAAACUUAAGUUGGUUGAGUAUAAGAAUAAAAAGGUAAUUUUUAGUAUUACUGAAGAAAAAAAUGAGUGUGAUUUAUAUGGAAAAUGUGGACCGUUUGGGAAUUGUGAUAAAACUAGUGUACCAAUUUGUAGUUGUUUUGAAGGGUUUGAGCCAAAGAAUAUGGUGGAAUGGAAUUUAAGAAAUUGGACCAAUGGUUGUGUGAGGAAAGAAAGAUUGAAGUGUGAGAUGUUGAAGAAUGGAUCAAGUGAAGUGAAACAAGAUGGUUUUUCUGUGAAACAUAAUAUGAAAGUUCCUGAUUUUAUUGAUUUUAUUGACAGCUCAGAUGGUAAUCAAAAUAAGUGUGGAACAGAUUGUUUGAAAAAUUGUUCUUGUUUGGCACAUGCAUACGAUCCUUACAUAGGGUGUAUGUAUUGGAGUCGAGAGUUAGUUGAUUUGCAGAAAUUUUCUCCUGGUGCUGGAGUUGAUCUCUUCAUCCGUGUACCGGCUGAAUUAGCUGCAGUUGCAGAUAAUAAAAAGAAAAAAGGGCACAACAACAGUUUUAUAAUCAUUCCUACUGUUGGAGGGAUAGGAGCACUUACCUUAGUUAUAUGUGCUUAUCUUUUGUGGAGCAAAUGUUGUGCUAGACAUAAAGAAAGACACUCUCAAAACUCGAUUAUGAGAAGACAAAAACAAAUGAAAUUGGAUGAGCUACCACUAUAUGAUUUUAAAAAGCUCGAAACUGCCACAAACAAUUUUCACAUUGAUAACAUGCUUGGGAAGGGAGGUUUUGGCCCCGUAUACAAGGGCAUAAUGGAAGAUGGUCAAGAAAUUGCGGUGAAAAGACUCUCAAAAACAUCUGGACAAGGAAUAGAAGAAUUCAUGAAUGAAGUAUUGGUGAUUUCAAAACUUCAACAUCGAAAUCUUGUAAGACUUCUUGGUUGUUGUGUUGAAAGACGCGAGCAAAUGUUGGUUUAUGAGUUGAUGCCAAAUAAGAGUUUGGAUGCUUUUCUCUUUGAUCCAAUACAAAAGAAAAUUUUAGAUUGGAGAAAGAGGUCAAACAUAAUCGAAGGAAUAGCUCGAGGUAUACUCUAUCUUCACAGAGACUCGAGACUAAAGAUCAUACAUAGAGAUUUGAAAGCAAGCAACAUCUUACUUGAUGGCGACAUGAUUCCAAAAAUAUCAGACUUUGGUUUAGCUAGAAUUGUUAAAGGUGGAGACGAUGAUGAAGCUAACACAAACAGGGUUGUUGGAACAUAUGGUUAUAUGCCGCCUGAAUAUGCAAUGGAGGGACUUUUCUCUGAGAAAUCAGAUGUCUAUAGCUUUGGAGUUUUAUUGCUAGAGAUUGUUAGCGGAAGAAGAAACAGUAACUUUUAUAACAACGAGGAUUCUCUUAGCCUUGUAGGCUUUGCAUGGAAGCUAUGGUUAGAGGACAACAUUAUAUCUCUAAUAGAUCCAGAAGUAUGGGAUGCAUGCUUUGAGAGCAACAUGUUGAGGUGCAUACACAUAGGACUACUUUGUGUGCAAGAACUUCCAAGAGAAAGGCCAAAUAUAUCAACUGUUGUUUUGAUGCUUAUAAGUGAGAUUACGCAUCUUCCUCCUCCAGGGAAAGUUGCAUUUGUUUACAGACGAAGUACACAAUCUUCUCAAAAAAGUCAUCAAUCUAACUCAAACAACAAUGUAACUCUGAGUGAAGUUCAAGGCAGAUAAAUUAAUAUGCAUGGGAUCAAAACUAUGACAUGUGAAGUUAGUGUAAUGAAGAACAAGUUGGCUAUGGUAAUUUGGUGUUAAUGGCUAAACCGUAACAAUUGGGUUACAACUAGGUACCAGAACAAGGAAACUCCUAUACUGUUCGGACUAAAUAUGUGAUGCAGGCUAAGGUGGGAGAGGCUGCAAAACUCCAGCAUGUUAUUUUUGGGACAAAUUGCAAAGUUCUUAUUGAUGUUGUUUAUGGGACCAGAUGUGAUAUAUUAGUUAAUUUGGGUGUAUCGUUUCAAAUAUUAAGAUUUUAAGUUUUAUUUGUUACCAUGAUGAUAUAGGUACGAAAUUUCCACCACCGUUACCAAAACUAAACCUAUGGGGCCUACAAAGUGAGUUCUCUCCUCCCAACUGAAUUCUUGUCAUACACGGGAGUCAGGAAUCGGACCACCUGCUUAAGCGGCCCAAGACUCUUACCACUUUGUGGUGAAAGUAACAUGCUAAGAAAGAAGCAGCAGAUACCAAUAUCAUGGUCAAGAUCUUACGCUUAAUCUCAUCUCUACAAUUCCUAUAAAACCUUGAAGAACACCGAAAAUAUCCCUGGUGUUGGUGACAUGCCAGCAGCUGAGGAGUAGGCCUAGACUAAGGGAGCAACUUAGUCAUUAAAUUUAAUUAUUAUAGAAAGAAUGAACUAAUUUAAUUGUUAUUAGUUUGAUUCUCACACUAAACCAAAGCAUUUCAUUCGUGAGUAAUUUCGAUACAAGAUGAACAAUAACAAAAUA